AUGGUUCCUGUUAGAAAACGUCCUGCUGCAAGCCUCAUCACUCUACGAGAAAACCCUUACUGGACGUCUGCAGAGCUGGAACACGCAGGACCAUGUAAGUGGAUAGUGUAAUAAUGCAAAGAUCCGUAUCCUGCAAAGCGACACAAAACCAGAAGCUGUGGAUGCUUGCAGACACCAGAUAUGACUGGAAUAACUGUUGUGGUUAGGUAUUUAAAUAUGCCCCUGGGUGCCCAUUUUCAGCUUUGGGACAUGUAAACAUAGGCUAUACAGGCAGAGCUGGCUACUAAAAAUACAUCUCCUCUAAGAAAGAAAUGUGUCAAAAUCUAUUUUCCAGAUAUAAAAAUCACCAAAAGUCCUCCUGGGGUUCUUGUUUUUGAAAGAUCAACAGAUUAUCAUCUGUGGAAAUAGUCCCUUUGGCUCUGUUUUUGUGAUCAGUUACAGGAGAGAAAUCCUACACCAUCAUCAUAAUAGCAGGCCCUGUUGUGGCUACUGCCUUGCUCAAAGGCAUCAUACAGUGCUUAAAAUUUCCACCGACCCAAGAAAUAGUCCACAGUAUACUGGCCCACUUUCUACACAGCGUGGUGUUUCCUAGUAAGUGGUUUAGUCCUCUCUCCAAAAUAAAGUGUAUUCCCUGUAAAAUGGAAAUCCUGGGGAGGAAACCACUGACUAACUGCGAUUAAAUAUUUCCAUAAGACAUCCUGAGCCUACUCAAAUCUGUUACCUAACCUCCCCCAAAUGUCUCUGCAUAUACUUUAAUAAAGACUCUACUCAUUUUAACCCAUGGCCAUGAAUGGUGAUCAAUAAUCAAUAGAAGAAACUGCAUCAUCAUCAUGCGUAACUGAUUUUGUGAUGGCAUUGUAGUUCCUCUCUCAUGGUCUUCUACAUCCCCAAAAAGCAACCGGCUCAUGCAUGCAAGGUGCAGAUGCAGGGUGCACCCAUCUUUAGAGAGAACCAGACGCUUACCCGGCAGGAGCUCAUUUCUUUACAUGUUUUCAUACAAGAUGAGAGAAACAACAAAAAAACAAAAGCUGUCACUUACAUUCAUCUGACCCACUCUGCAGCUCUGGAUGUGCGCUCUGGAUCUCCCCCUCCAACACUGAUUAGUAUGCAAACGGGUUUUCAAUUCUCCCCCUCAAUGACAGACAAUCCACCGGGACAAAAAUCUUGAAUGGAGCCUUGCUGGCUGGUUGGAAAGAGCUUCUUUUUUUCUUUUUACAUAAUAUCCACUUAAAUGACAGUCGAGUCAAUUCCGCCAGUUUUCGAAUCCGGUACUCCUCUGGUGAAGGGUCCUAUUUCGGCGUCCCCGUGUCAGGUGAGCGCGGCGCGCCUGAAUCAGCUGGAAAGCUCUCCGGUUCUUUAGCUGUCUGUUGGGGGGUAAAAGCUGUCGUUUCUAACCCUGCAGUGCUCUGCUCCCUCUCUCGUUGAUCUUAAACGCUUCUCUCCUCUUUUUCUCCCUCUCAGCAUCCAGUCACUCAGAUACGCUGCGUGUGUAUGUGUGUGUAUGUGUGCAGAUACAGAGCCGCUUCAGGGAACUGUGCACCUCCACGACUGAAAGCCGACUCCUCCGCCACAAGGCCCAGCCCCCCCUCUACUCUCCUCCUCCUCCUCCCCUCAACGACUUGGGUUGCUAAUUUAUUCGGGUAGCUAACACAAAAGGGGGGACAGAGGAGAGGCAGGCUGUGGAGUACAGUGAGGAGUUAGAGGAGACUGGUGGGGAGGCUGCAGAGAAGACUUUGGUGCCCCCCAGCUCCCUUCAGUGGAACUUUUCUUUGAGACAAAGGAGCGCAGCAUCCACCAUCAAAGGAGGAGUUUAG